AUGGGAAUUGGUAAUUAUGGCGUCAUGGUCAUUGGGAGGAACAACCAUGGCGUCAUGCUCAUGAAUGAAGAGGUCGUCCCGCGAUACAAGGAUCGGAAGCCGUCUUGUACAGGUCCACCUGCCCAAUUUGGCUUCAACCUCGGCUGUUGCAGGGCCUCCGUUCGAUUCUCUCCCUCAUCCACCUCGGCUGUUGCAGGGCCGCCGAACUCGGGGUUGGAGAGUCUAUCACUCUGUCCAGCAACCCGUCUCCGCCUCUCUAGCUCUCCGGUCUCAGAGUUCCGCCUCCAGGCUCGAGUUGAAUUGUUGAAAUGGGUUCCGGGUUCGAUUUCGGAUUUCCAGUUGAAUCUCCUCCUCUCCGUCUCUGAGCUCCAGCGGUCCAGCCUCCAGUUUCUGAUCUUCAUCAGUUCUUCGGCAGCUCGGCCCUUGAGGCAUGAUCAGUUGCUGCCUUGCUGGGUUAUUCACUCCAGUCACUCCACCGAAUCUAGGAUGUUAAAGAGGAACUGUGUGAAUCAGAGGGCCACAAAUGAAAGCUUGAAGAGAAUAAAGGGUGAUUGGAACACUGCAUUGUAUUCUAAGCGGAUCAAAAGUGAAACGAAACUGAAAAGCAUUGGAGUUUCAAGCUCUUUUAAGAUGUUUAAUUUUUCCAUGGAUUCAUUCCUUCAAGCAAUGGGAGGGAACAGAGGAAGUGCAGAUAGAGAUCGAGGAUUUGAGAGGGAACUUGAAGCAAUGGGAGAUAUAAAGCACCGGAACAUCGUGACUCUUAAUGGUUGGUGUGCGAGGACAUAACUGGGGGUCUAGAGGAUAUUGCCAUUCCAGCUAGCAAUUUGGUCGAUGAUCCGCCUGUUGCUCCUACAGGCAAGUUGAUCAUGUUCAUGGAGUAAUACUUGUUACUAUGAAUAAAAAAAUGUUUAUAGGCAAGUUGGAAUUCAAAUUUCAUCCAGUUGUCUUGUUGAUUUGAGUCAUUCUUCCUUAUCAAAUUACUUUGCCCUCUUCAGUUGCAAUGGUGGAACUUUUUCAUGGAUAUUUUUAUAUCCCUCA